AUGGAGGAAAAAAACCAAACAGACGAUUUCUCUUCCCAUAAACACCCAACUCUUCCUCAAGUCAUAGAGGAGCUGAAAGAGCUCUGGGCCAUGGUCUUACCGAUCACAGCAAUGAACUGUCUAGUCUACGUAAGCGCCGUCGUCUCCGUCCUCUUCCUCGGCCGUCUCGGUAGCCUCGAGCUCGCCGGAGGAGCUCUCUCGAUCGGUUUCACCAACAUCACAGGCUACUCAGUCCUCGUGGGCCUCGCCUCGGGCCUCGAGCCAGUGUGCAGCCAAGCCUUCGGCAGCAAGAACUGGGAUCUCCUCACGCUCUCUCUCCACCGCAUGGUCGUUAUUCUCCUGAUCGCCUCCGUGCCCAUCAGCUUCCUUUGGGUCAACCUCGGGCCCAUCAUGCUCUUCAUGGGCCAAGACCCGGAGAUAACGGCUACGGCAGCUGAGUACUGUCUCUACGCGCUUCCUGAUCUUUUGACCAACACUCUUCUCCAGCCGUUACGGGUUUAUUUAAGGUCGCAGCGCGUGACGAAGCCGAUGAUGUGGUGCACGUUAGCUGCCGUGGCGUUCCACGUGCCGUUGAACUAUUGGCUCGUGAUGGUGAAGCGAUGGGGUGUUCCUGGUGUGGCGAUUGCUUCCGUUGUGACGAACUUGAUCAUGGUUGGGCUUCUGGUGGGCUAUGUUUGGGCUAGCGGGAAGCUGCAGAAGAGAGUUAGUGGGUCUACGGUGGCGGUUCAGUCGUCGUCGGCGGUGGAGUUCUUUGGAGGGUUGGGGCCGUUGAUGAGAGUGGCGGUUCCGAGUUGUUUGGGGAUAUGUUUUGAGUGGUGGUGGUAUGAGAUUGUGACUAUAAUGGGUGGUUACUUGGAGAAUCCUAAGCUUGCUGUAGCUGCCACUGGGAUUUUGAUUCAGACAACGAGUCUUAUGUAUACUGUUCCUAUGGCUUUAGCUGGAUGCGUCUCUGCUCGGGUUGGAAACGAGCUCGGUGCAGGUAGACCAUACAAGGCGAGACUAGCGGCUAAUGUGGCUCUAGCUUGCGCAUUUGUGAUAGGAGCAUUGAAUGUGGCCUGGACCGUGAUUCUAAAAGAGCGGUGGGCAGGGCUUUUCACUGGCUACGAGCCACUCAAAGUGCUGGUUGCUUCGGUUAUGCCGAUUGUUGGGCUUUGCGAGCUAGGGAACUGCCCGCAAACUACGGGUUGUGGCAUUCUAAGAGGGACAGGCCGGCCUGCGGUCGGGGCACAUGUGAAUCUUGGGUCGUUUUAUUUUGUUGGGACGCCAGUGGCCGUUGGACUAGCGUUUUGGUUGAAAAUUGGGUUCAGCGGGUUGUGGUUUGGGUUGCUUUCGGCUCAAGCGGCUUGCGCGGUUUCAAUAUUGUAUGCGGUUGUGGCGAGAACGGAUUGGGAAGGAGAAUCGGUGAGGGCGAUGAGAUUGACGAGUUUGGAGAUGGGUAAGGUUGAGAAGGAUGAGGAGUCAUCGUCGUUGUUGUUGGUGGAUGAUCGUAAUGGAAGUGAUGAUAAGUUGAGUGAUCUUUUGUAAUAAAGUGUGGGGUCAAAAGACAUGUUGUUGGUUGAUAUUUGGUAUUUUAACUAGUGGCGAGUGUUGUUAAUGUUUUUGUGUCCAUCUCGUUUUCUAAUUGAAACCAUGGAAGCUAAAUCAUUUUAGAUGUU